CUCCGCGUGAUUUUCACGUUGCCUCUAUUGAAUAAGUUGUCAUUACCACAUUUUCCUUCGCAGACAAUCGUACCCUUACUAUGGACUCACAUCGCAAAAGUCGUCGCAGCUCGAUUCUCAAAGUUCGACAAACAGAAGUGGAGAUAGAAACUACUACGGCAGUGCAAAGUGAUAACAAACAAGUGUUGAAGCGACGUGUUAGCUUCCAUAAUGUCAAAACUGUGCAAAACUUUGAGAAGGGUGACUUGAACUUGCUCGAAGGUUCUCCUUUCAAGGAGAAGAUACAAGAGACCAUGAGCUCCGAUGGGAUAUUGACGCCUGGAAGAAGCACAGCCCAUUCCACGCCUAGUACAGCAAGUGGUAUAGAGAACAACACACAUUUUGCAGACGACACUAUGACGGCCUUUGAAAAAGGUCCUAGAGAGCGUUUGACUUACAAUGAUGUCACUCGCUAUUCUCCGAUCGAAAUGUCUUUUGGUGACACUACUGCAAUGGAUGCACCCUGUUCACCUAAUGACGAUAACCUUCUUGAGAAUUCCGUUUCCAACAACGAUACAAUGGCUGCCUUUGUAAAAGGCAACAAAGCACGAUUGAGUUAUGACAGGAUAACGAAUUAUUCAUUAGCUGACAUGUCGCUUGUCGAAACCACUGUGACGGAUAGCACUGAUGCUCAAAAUACUGCUGAAGCAUUUGGUUCGACGUGUCAUUCCUCCGCAGAUAUGUCUAUCUCUGACAACACUUUCACAACAGAUGUCCCUCAGAAGGGUGUUUUGAAUACUACUCGGUGCAGCAACGUUGAUAUGUCACUGGACAGCACUGCUGAUUGUUCUUCAAGAUCAAGCAAUGACACGCAAGCCUGUCUGGAAAACAUUGGUAAACCUCGCAAACUCCCAUCGACACUCCAGUCAGAUCAUCGAGUCGCUGAUCGCUUGUUCGAGUCGUCUAGAUAUGACAUUACAUUGGAUGAAACGAUAAUGGCUUUUGUCAAAGCAGGUCAGAGAAAGUGUAUCUAUCAGUCUCCUUCACAUUCUCCCGUCGAAAAGUUAUCAUCCACUACGUUCUGUGAUGACACAGCUCUUGCUUUCAAAGGCGCUUCCAAUCUUACCCAUACUUAUGUCGAAGAAAAAGAGGAGAUCCCUACCGAUUCGGAUAUGGAUGUCACAUCAGCAUGCACAAUGCAUGAAUCGGAGGCUGAGGAAAAGGAUACAGCAUUGAACAAAACAUUUGAUAUUGUGAGUUCUAACAAAUCAUGUCAAAGUCUUGCGGAAGCAUCAUCGGCUGAGACCACGAAAGAGUUUACCGCCAUUGCUGUUAGCAAUAAUGAGCCGUGUGAAAUCGUGGCCCUCAACAAUGAUGGAAAGCUUUUUGAAGCAGAAGAAGAGGAAGAAAUUGUCCACAACGCAUCGAUUGACGGCUCUCUUGGAAAGGCUGAAGCAAUGUCUAUCCUUUCCGCCACUUUUACAAAAACACAUUUGGAUUCCCCUGGUGUGGUUGACCGCAAGCGACAGCGCAUCAUGGAUAAGUCUGAGGCAAUGGAGGAGAUGGAAGAACAACGAAGAGCGGACGUUUCUUCAUUUCAAAGAAUGGACCCGAUAAGCAUUGAGCAUCUUUUUGGGGAGAAAAUGAAAGGCCAUGCUGAGGAGGCACUUGCUUCGGAGAAUAUGCAGGGGGACUCUGUUGCCACGAAACUGGAGUCUACAGCUCUUUGUGAAAUAAGCAUGGACAUUACUCAACAAAACACUGAUGCCGUUGAUGUAACGCAGGAAAAUGAACAUGGUAACAGAACGGCACUCUUGGGUGACACCUUGCACACACUGGCUGAACAAGUUGAUGACAUGGAGAUAAGUGCCGUUCAAAAGAAUGCAACAACGAAUGAGUCCAUUUAUGAAUUCAUCAAUGAAAGCACAUACACCAAAAGAGACAUCUCCAUUCUACCAUCUGGAAGCAGAUUCCGUCCCAAUGCUUCAAAGGAUGACACCAUACUCUCGGUGAAAUCUUUGCGAGAUGAGACUACAAGUCUUAGUUGCAGAAUGAUGUUUGACUCGCAUUCCCUACAGGUAAACUACGUGAAUGUUCUUGAUGAUCAGCCAGACAGUAACAUGAUUCGAGAGCAAAUUUCUGAGGAGUUGGCCACAAAGAUCAACGAAAUGUAUCAGAGGUCGGACAAGGAGUUUGGUCUGUUGCUUCCCGAGCUUCAAGAAAAAGAUGCAGUGAAAGCGCUUGCUGUCAAGAAUAUGGCGACGAGAGCGCUGUCCUUCGAUGACGCAGACAUGCUACAAAGUGCUCGAUUACUGGCUGAAAUUGAAUGGGCGAAUGCUCGAAGUGAAGUAGCCAAACAAGCUGUAUUAGGGACCGAGCAGUCAAUAGCAAAUGAUGAACUUGAAUUAGCUCAGUUGAUUGAGGAUUCCAGAUUGUGUGGACAGUUGGAUCAACUUGAGACAGAGGUGCAAGCCCUGAAGGAAGAACUCAUCGAAACCCCCUCUGCGGCGGAAGCAUCUGAAAUCAUCAGAUCAUAUGAGAAUGCUCUCAAAGAGGAAGAAGAAUUGGAUCGUAAGAUUUUGAAAGAAGAAAUCGAGUGGUUGCGAGACGAGCUUCAAGCGGCAAGACAGAGAAAAGAAGAACUCCGGAAAGAGAACGAGGAACUGAUUGAAAUAGAAAGAAGACUGGAAAGAAACUCCGCCACUGUUCGUGCUCUCAAGCAGCAGAUUUUGGAUAGGAGACAAAUGGAACCCAACUCCUCGAACUGAUGCCGCCUUCGUCAUCUGGGUGAGGUUCAUUUGUUUCUGCAUUCCUAAGCAAUGUAUCAAAUUUUCGUAAAAUUUCUGUAUGUGGCUCAUUGUUUACAACAUUCCUAUUUGGUCUUGAACAAGGUGUCAAGUCUUGGAGCAGUGUUGAUGCGUUGUACACGGUAGCGAUGUACAUCUGCUCUUUAAUUGAUGCCGAGUGCUUGCCAUUGUUCUACCGUCGCAUCCAGCCGGCGAUUGGUGCGUGCACCAUUUCUGCGUAUAAUAUUGUAUAAACUGAAUGUGUCAACGCCUUUGCUUGUUUAAAAUAUGAGAAUGUGUUUAAUUAAAUGUUGGAAUUUAUCUCUAAUCAAUCGUCGUUGCUCUCAGAUCUUCAGUUCUGAAAGAAAAAUAUACCUCGCUACUGCCAAAUUACGCUUGAAUUUUUAGUCUAUUGACUGCUCUGAGCAGUGGCUUGGCUUUCAAUCAUUUUCUUCUAUGUAAAUUAUAAUGUGGAUUCUGAAGAUUUAUCCCUUAUGUAUUCCCAAUACAUUAUGCUAGUACCAAUAUAUUAUGUUUCCUCUUCUUUUGUAUCCG